UAGGUCAGUGGGCAUUUCUCCAAUAUUGACAUGUCUAAUCUUGUUCUAUAUCUUCUAUUUAUACAUGUUAUGGCCAACAAACAGCUUAUAAACCAGUAUAUAAAGGUCGAAUGAACAAGUUGACUGGCAAUACAUAAAAGAUUACAGAAAUCAACGAGAACAUAAUCUAAUAAUGUCUGAGAAACAGAAGUGCAAAUACUGGGACAAAUGUUUCCGCAAGGAAAAGAAACAUCUGGAAACAUUUCUCCACCCAGCUGAUGAGAAGAAAGUGAACAAAGUCAAAAAAACAGAUGACGAUGACAGUGUAAAACCAUCAAUGAGAAAAGAAAAAACGCUUGAACUAGUUGAUGAAGAAGCUGAUGUGAAACCAAAGACAACACUGAAAAAGAGGAAGACACAUGAAAUAAGUGUUUAUGAUGAUGAUACAGCUACAGCUGCAGAACCACCUGCUAAAAAAGCCAAAAAAGAACAGCCAAUGGACACAGAUGAUGCCUCUGCAAAGAAAGGAAAGGCUGCAGAACCAACCCAAAGACGUGUGAAAUGCCAGUACUGGGAUAAAUGUUACAGAAAGGACAAAGGUCAUAAAAAGCUCUACAUCCAUCCAGGUGACCCAGAUGAAAAACAAGCAGCUAAAGCACCCGCUAAAGGAGGAAAAGCAAAAGCAUCAGAGGGCAUUGCCGGAAGAACUAGAACUUGGGCACGCCCCAAACCGCUGAACCGUAUGGAUAGUGUGGACUCUGUGGAUGUGGGAGGAUUUAAGCUCAAACGUACAGGAAGCAAUUAUGAGUGCACGUGUUCUAGUUUUACUGGCAUAAAAAAUAUGGGUCGCCCUAGCAACCAGAAAACAUGUACCCAUCUGAUGAACUACCUUGGUGAAGAAUACGAGCGAGCACGAUGUGAUUUACCGGAGAAAGGAAAGAAGGAAAAGAUACCACAACAUAUUAAUGUCAGCGUUCUGUUGGCUCACAAAUAUAAAGAAGGGGAGACAAAUCCUGUAAACUGGUGGAUGAGUGAGAAGUUGGACGGUGUACGUGCUUACUGGAAUGGCAGAUGUUUCUAUUCCAGGCUUGGGAACGCUUUCUUUGCACCAUCUUGGUUUACAAAGGAUUUGCCAAAAGACAUGCAUUUAGAUGGGGAACUAUUUGGCGGAAGAAAGAAAUUCCAGUCCACAGUCAGUAUUGUAAAAACACCAGAGCACCAACACUGGAAUAAAAUUGUUUAUCAUGUAUUUGAUGCACCACACUUGGAAAAAGAACCUUUUGAGAAAAGAAUGAAAGCUAUAAAUGACUACUUUGAUACAAAAAAAACGGACUAUGCAAAGGUCGUAAAACAUGAGAAAUGCACAGGCCAUGAUCAGAUUGAAAAAGAACUCAAAAGAAUUAUUGCCCUCGGAGGUGAAGGUCUCAUGAUACGCCAGCCAGGCUCUAAGUACGAGAGAACUCGCUCAAAAACACUUCUCAAAAUCAAAAAGUUCCACGAUGCUGAGGCAAUAGUAAUAGGGUAUGAGCCUAGUAAAAGCAACCCUGGUCUCACUGGUGCAUUAUGGGUGAAAAUGGCAAAUGGAAAGAAAUUCAAAGUUGGAUCUGGGUUAACAAACAAGGAUCGCAGAAGUCCUCCAAAGAAAGGCACCAUCAUCACAUACAAGUUUCAAGAAUACUCAAACUCAGGGACACCCAGAUUUCCUACCUAUGUUGGAAUCCGUAUAGACAUGACCGAGCCCAAAGAUGCCGAGGGUGUGGUCACUGAAGGAAAAGACGACGAGUAAAGUGUUGACUAACAAUGUCUUAUGAUCUCACCCAAUCCACAAUAGGCAGCACAUUCCUAUUCCCAAAUACUUAGUAUUCAUCCAUAUGUUGGAUGGCUUUGAAGAUACUUGAUGCAAAAGUGUUAACAUUUUGCACAAGGCAAUUUAGCUGGUUUACAAACAAGACAGAGUAGAUGAAAUCAUAUGAUACAUAAUUAUAUAGGAUAGUUAUUCGUGAAGGAAUUAUGAGUUUCUGAAUGACUUAAUCUACACAGCAACAGUAUGCUAUUACUUCACAAGUUGGUAGUAGACUGUUUUAACUCUCGUUAAAUAUGUUUUAUUAAUAACUUCAUAAGUGUAAAAGUUCACACUAAAAGUAAACCUUAUACUCUUGAAUAUGACUUGUUUUGUGUUUAAAAUUAAAGUAUAUUUUAGAAAGUAUUUCACAUUCGGUAUGUGACAUGAUAUUCAUACAUGAAUAGAAAUAUUCUUAUGUACAUGCUAAUUAGUAUUUAUAGGAAUUUAGUACUUGUUUUAAUGUUAUAAGUUUUAUUUAUGUCCUAAGUGUAUACUCUAACUUCUCUGUGAUAUAUACAGCUUUGCUGUGAUAUGUUUCCCUGGUAUCCCUUCUUUUAACUUUGCUUUGUGAUAACUAAACUGCAAUAGAUUGGACUGAAAACAAAAACAUGUUUUGACACAGACUGAAAUAAGUUGUAAUUAUGUGAAAGGUAUUACCUGUGAACAGUGACAAUCAUAUCUUUUGUUAGUAUUGUUCAAGUAAUAUUUGAAGGUAUUUAAUGAUAUUUAACUAUUUUUUCUACAGACUUCACUUUUAUUGUGUCUGAAACUUCUUCUCUAUAGAGAAAAUUUUAUUGUCAUCCUGAUGCAGGACAAGAAAAAACCUCACAGUAUGCUUCACCGAGUUCUGAGGAUUAUGAAAAGUGCAAUACAUAUCUACUGUUCUGUGCAUUUUUGAUCAUUCUUUUCUAUUGGUUUAAUUCAUAACAGGAAAAAAAACAGGCCAUUUUUACAUAUCAUUUAAAUCCACUUUUACACGACUGCAGAGGCUAUAAGAAUUUACAUAUUUUUAAAGAAAGUAUUGUAUACCGGUAUUUAUUUAACUGAUUAUUUUAAUGUGUGUUUGUUAAUUAAUAUAUGUAUUUCAUUCAUCUUCUUUCUUUUCAUUUAUUUAUUCAUUUAUUUAUUCAUUUACAUAACUUUAUAUGUACAUUGUUUUGCAUUCUGAUGUUUUAUAGAAUUUGUGAUAAAAAUUAAAACUACACAAAACA